AUGAAGAGUAGCCUGAACUUUGCAGUGUUGGUGGUGCUGUCGCUCGCUGCAGCCUCCACUGCCGCACUCCACGUUGAAGUGGACGCCAAGGAGCAGUUCUAUGCUUUUGUGGGUCGGUUCAACAAGAAGUACGCCAACGACAACGAGUACCAGCAGCGGCUCGCCGCUUUCACUCAUAACCUCGCUCAGAUUGAGGCAUUCAACGCCAAAUAUGGAGAGAAGACGCAGUUCGGCAUUACACAGUUUUCGGAUAUGACGCCCACUGAGUUCAAGGAACGAGUGCUCAUGAAGAAGCCUGGCUUCCCCGUGGGCCAAGGAACACAGGCCAGCCCAAGCCCCUUCCCAACCCCGGUAGUGAUUCCAAAGACGUUCGAUUGGCGCAACAAGACCGGCAUUCUGACGCCGGUGUACGAUCAAGGGGACUGUGGCUCUGGGUGGGCGUUCUCUGUGGCUGAGAACCUUGAAUCUCUGUGGGCCAUUGCUGGCCACGGCUGCGAUGGCGGUAUCUCCAACGAGGGCUUCGAGGUAUGGAUCACCAUUCGCCUUGGGCUUCUCGUGCGACCUUCAUUCACCGUCACCCACCACAACCGCUACUAUCAGUCGAUCAUGAAUGCUGGCGGUCUGGAGAGCGCAGCCUCCUAUCCCUACACGGCAAAGACUGACCGCUGCUCCUUCAACUCAAGCGAUAUUGCGGCCAAGAUCUGGGGCUAUAUGCUCGUCACCCGCUUCGGCAGUGAGCCUAUAAUGACCGGCUUUCUGUCCUACCUGAGCCCCAUCACGGGCUGCGGCACUGAAUUCAACCACUGCCUGCUGGCAGUCGGGUACAACCUGGAAGCCAACCCGCCCUACUGGAUCCUGCGCAACUCGUGGGGAGACAAGUGGGGCAUGAAGGGCUACAUGUACCUCGAGUUCGGCAAGGACGCGUGCGGUGUUGCGCAGAAGUCCUUCUCCGGACUCAACUUCUAG